AUGGAUAAUGGGCAGAGGCAAACCCUGCACUUGAGCAGCAAUAUCAAGAAUAAUGUGGUGCAGUUUCUACUCAAGCAUAGCCAUGAUGGAGUACUAUCAAGAGGGGUUGUAAUGGAGGCAGCAGAAGCUCAUGGCAUCAGUAGGAAGACAGUAUACAGGCUGUGGAAGGCAGCCAAGGAGCAGAUGCAAAGGGGAGAACCUGCAUUGAUGGAAGGAAAGGUUAAAGGUUAUCAACAUGUUGACAGAUUAGAACUUGAUCAAGAAAAGGUUAGAAACUUAUCUACUCUUGAAAGAUCAUCCCUGAGGAAAAUGGCAGUAAAAUUGAAUGUGAGUAAGAGCACAUUAGGUCAUUGGGUGAAGCAAGGUAAACUAAGGCCACAUACAAAUGCAAUCAAACCUGCCCUCACCAAUAUGAAUAAGAUAGCAAGAGCUAGAUGGAGUCUUAGUCAACUUGAGCCACAGAUUACUCAAGGUAGAGUUAAGUUUCAGAGCAUGCAUAAUGUAGUUCAUAUAGAUGAAAAAUGGUUCUAUAUGACCAAGGUAUCAGACAGGUACUACCUCUUGCCGGAUGAGGAUGAGCCAUAUAGGACAUGCAAAUCCAAGAGAUACAUCACCAAAGUCAUGUUUAUGUGUGCUGUCAGUAGACCACACUUUGGUAUAAAUGGGCAGUCCACUUAUGAUGGUAAGGUGGGAAUAUUUCCCUUCACUGAAUUUCUGCCAGCACAGAGGAGGUCAAAGAACAGGGCAAGAGGCACCAUGGAAACCAAAGCAAUCAAUUCAGUCACAAAGUCAGUAAUGAAGGACUGCCUUAUCCAACAGAUUAUACCUGCAAUUAAGGCCAAGUGGCCUGUUGGGGCAAGUAAAGACAUUUACAUUCAGCAAGACAAUGCAACCCCACACAUAACUGCCAUGGAUGCAGAUUUUCAGGCUGUUGCCAAUUCAGAUGGAUUUAGAAUCCAACUGAUUUGUCAACCACCUAAUUCCCCUGACACAAACAUCUUAGACCUUGGAUUUUUUAGAGCAAUUCAAUCACUGCAACAUGAGAAACCUUGCAAGACUGUGGAUGAACUUGUGGGGAAUGUGUGUAGCUCAUUUGAAGAGUUGUCACCACAAACUCUCAACAAAGUUUUCCUAAGCUUGCAAGCUUGCCUCAAUGAAAUCCUACAGUGCAGAGGUGGAAAUGGAUACAAAGUCCCACAUAUCAACAAGGACAGACUGCAUAGAAAUGGGGAACUCCCCAAUGUGCUGGAAGUGGAGGAGGUUGUUGUGAGAGAUGUGUUGCACUACUUACAAAUGCCAGAGAACAGUGUUGGGGCAAUGUAUGAUAUUGAGCCUCUGUCAAAUGCAUUUGGCUUCUAG